AUGAGCUCUGCGACCGCAAAGGCCCCAGACAUUAAUGUUCUUUGGAACAACCAACGUGAAGCAGAGCUCAAGAUUGAUUCGCUGGCGAUCCGAGUCGACGAGAUUCAAGAGGCCUUUAUGCCCCGAAAAAUCUCUGUACCCCCUCUCGUCCUCACUUCGUCAGGAAGCGGUGCCGCGCGGACCUAUCAACUCGACACGAUUGCCGCCCUCUGGAUCAGUACUCUCGGUAUAUCACCCAACAGAAUCGAAUCCAUCUCGACGCCAUCACCACCCGCGACACCCUUCACGACCAGACUAUUGGAACCCGAGGAGACGUCAAGUCUUCAUUCCUAUUUCUUUGUUCAUGGCCCCUCGGACGCGAUCGGCUCGCGUCGUAAGGCCGUCAUCACCCACCAGCUCAUCCAAUUCAUGCCGUCCAGCCUGUCGCGGGAGAGUCUCCUCUCUUCUCUCAAGAGCACGUUGUAUCUCCACCCCGUCUGCUUCUUCCAUUACGAAAUUGAACAACGGAUCCGCAUUCUCGAUCAUGAUUCGCACUCGUUUGCGACCCAGAUCACCAACAUCCCUGUAUCCCUCUUUGCAGUCGCUGCUGCAUCAAUGACGCUUGGCUCGCUAGCAUAUCAGGUCGAACGCAAGACGUGGAAGAUGCCGUCUGAGAUUCCAGACAACGAGCGCGACAUUACCACAUUGUUUGAUAUGGCCCGCCUGGCCAUCUCACUCUCUGGCGAAUCGAUGGAAGAGUGCUUUGACGCCAUCUUGGCCUCACUCAUCCUUGUCGUCUUCCUCCUUCAUGCGUACGAGCUCGAUGGAUACAAGACGGUUGUGUCGGGCAUCGCUUCUGUAGGAUUCCAACGGCAGCUUGGACAACUUUUGGAUACCAUACGCAGAAAAUCGGAAUACUGUGGCCUACUCCGAGAGCCUCCUAAUAAGGAUCAAUCGUCAAGCUUGUGGCAGCGCGAGCAACGUCGAAUGCUUGCCGCUGCGGUCGCCUUUUACGACUUCCACGUCUCAGAUCUGAUUGGAAACAAAAUUACCUUGGACGCCGCAUCAUACACAACGGAAACCCCGACUCCUUUGGAGGACCGCACAUUUAAACCUUCCUGCACAGCGGUGCCUCCGCCAGCCUCUGCUAGCAUCAAUCAUAGUACCCUAUUCGCCGCCCAUAGAGCCAGGCUCUUGAAGACCCUUUUGCAAGCGAGGGUGGAGGUUAUGCAUGUGCGCGACCGCGAACGGGAGCAAAUGCUUGCCGCCGCCGAAAGCGCAAGUCAAAACGGGGACGAUCAGGGCAUCUCAAAGCAUCCAGCGUUGCCGCGCAGUGCGGGUGAUACGCUGGAGCAAUGGGACUCGCGGUUACAUCAACAGCAGGAGAAUUUGCCCCAUUCGAUCGCAUUCGAUUCCUCUUCAGAGUAUGCGACCGAGGUCAAUACCGUUUUCAGCACGGAACAGCGAUCCCAAGUACCCUUGACAGAGUCAAACGUGACACUUGGCAUGGGUUACAGCAUCGCACAACAAGCAGAGCUAGCUGCCCUUGUCGCGUACCAUCAGAUGAAAUUGGCCGCACUUCUUCUCGAGAACGCUGUCAUCCACAAACCGAGGGGAUCGCCUCCCAGUGCGAACGGUACUGUUGCUGCUGUUCGAACUUUGGAUGCAGCGCAGUCAUUGCUACAUGUCAUUCAAGUUCAGCGACAUGUGCUCAAAAAGAAGAUGCCUCUCAGCUUAUCCAAUUUUGUCUAUGGAAAGCGCAUCUUCGACGCUGGUGUCAUCUUUGGCGUUCUUUGCACCAUUCCGUCAUCACGACGAUUUGAACAACGAGCCGUCAUGGCUGCUGCUCAAGGUCUCAUUCAAUCCAUCGAACUCCUCAAGGAUCUGGAGUCAUGGCUGCGUACCAAGGAAGAGAUCCAGGAUGCCUCGACGUCGACAGAAACAACCUCUCCACUUCGCAUUCUAGAAGCGCUAUCCGAUCGAGCUGGUAUCCAAAUGAACGACGGAGUCGUCGAGAGCGUAACACCCAAGCGGAAGCGAACAGCAUUCGACCUCGAAGAGGAUCAGGCGGUUUACGAUGGACUUAUUCUCCCCUAUGUAGUUGGAGGUGUAUGGGUUGUGGGCAAACCGUCGACAUUGGAUGCUUGGACAAUAUCCAAACCAGAGCCUUCGCCCAGAGCUCCAGCAGUCUCACUUCCGGCUCCGGUCUCGCUCCCAGUUCCAGUCUCCCCAACCGAUGUCCAACAGGAUGAACAUCGUGAAAAGCGUGUCCGCCUCGACGGCAUCGUCACCCAUCCACCUGCUCCAUUGGCUCUGACCGAUAUAGGCGUCGCACGACCGGAGGCAUCUUCAGCAUUGAAGGUUCCUGACGCAGGCACCUCCAAUGGUGCACGUCCAGUGAGCGCAACGACGGGGAGCAAACCCACGUUUGGGGUUCGUUCGCGUGUCAAGGAGCUUCUCAGACGACCCAAACGGAAACCAUCAAUGCCGAACGUUCAGCCAAAGACAGAGUCGCCAAUGGACUCUGCUGAUGACGACUAUACGGAUAGGUUCGCGUUCAGCCUUCCGGAUAAGUCGGCGGACUAUCAGCAGUACCCUGCGCAAGGCGCUGGGCAGCCGCAAAACAAUCUGGGUUUGUCUCUCUCACAAGCGGAUGACAUGUCUAUGGAUGGGCGGUCGGUCAUCCAGGGUUCCACCACGAACAAUCCUGUCGAGCAGCUUACACCGGUCGAGGUUUCUAUGACGAGCGAUGCCCGAUCGCAAGCGUCCUACGCACCCGGUUAUCCUUCAAAGGCUUGGGGUGAGAUGGACGAUGCGAGCUCAUACUCUGGUCAACCAAGCAAAUCGACGGGAUACCACCCAAGCAACUUGAUGAUUUCCCAACCAGAAAAUGCAUCGUCUUAUCACCAUCAGCCUCCAGCUCCACAACCGCAGUCAUCGCAGCAUCACCCCUACCAGAUGGCACAAACUACUCAUGGGCAAUCGUACAUCCCACAACAUCCCCAGCUAGCCAUGCAUCACGAUUAUCAGUCUCAGUCUCGGCAUCAAACAGCCGUCCCUAUGCACGGCAUGAUGCAGUAUCCCCAAGGUUACAGCGGAUACUCAGGCUCCGUUGUCGACAACGGUGCAAGACACCCUCCACAACUCAUCACCGACGGUACACGUUCUCAACACGGUUCUCAACCGUCUUCUGCGGUGACGAUGGGGGACCCGAGUAUGAUGUACAGUGGCGUGUCUAUGCAGUCAUUGACACCGUCGACCAUGUAUCCGCCGCCACCACAAGAUGGAUAUCCUCCCGCGUGGAAUCCAUCCGAGCACUACUAUAACCGGUACUAA